CGCAGAUGCAUUCCAUAUCCACAUUACCGCCUCCAUUUUUGCACCGGCCGCCACUAAUCUGCGGGAGAGAGCGUUCGUUCGUUCGCCGGCGAGAGGGAGAGUGGCAAGAUGCAGAUCUUCGUGAAGACGCUCACCGGGAAGACGAUCACGCUGGAGGUGGAGAGCAGCGACACCAUCGACAACGUCAAGGCCAAGAUCCAGGACAAGGAAGGUAUCCCGCCGGACCAGCAGCGUCUCAUCUUCGCGGGGAAGCAGCUCGAGGAUGGCCGCACCCUGGCCGACUACAACAUUCAGAAGGAGUCGACGCUUCACCUGGUGCUCCGCCUCCGCGGUGGCAGCAGGGGCGGCUACCCCAAGGGGAUCGAGCCCAACCUCCGCGAGCUCGCGCAGAAGUACAACGAGAACAAGCUGGUUUGCCGCAGGUGCUAUGCACGCCUUCCCCUCAGGUCCACCAACUGCCGCAAGAAGAAGUGUGGCCACAGCAAUGAGAUAAGGGCAAAGAAGAGGUUUAUGUCCAAGCUUUCGAAGUGAACCACUGGAAAGCUCCGUCGUGGAUCAGUUCAAUCGACCGCCUUGCAGCUUUUAUACCUUCUUAUUAGUUACUUUGUCUCUUCAUGGAGAGAUGCUUAUGAGAUUUUGCUUUCAAGUUUCUGUUACUGGAUUUUGGACAAAUCUCUAUGAAUAAAGUUUUGGUAUAAAAUUUUAUUUACUGCCCAGCUAAAUUCUUUUGGGCUUA